AUAAGAUAAUUAGUAAAUUCUGUAGAUAAUUGUUGAUUAUGAAUAGACGAAGGGGAAGCGUCCUUAUGUAACUAGGGUUUUUGACUUGGCCGUGAUACAGAAGAAACAAAAGAAGGAGAUGAGCGAUUCCGAGGAAAAAACAUGCAACGAGGAUUCAAAGCAACCGGUACUUGUCUUGGACCUGCUUAGAUCGAUCUUGGAGCGCUUAAGCUUUGUUGAUUUUCAUCGAGCCAGAUGCAUUUCUUCAGAAUGGUACUCCACUUCAGAAUCAUGCCUCGGUGUAAAAAAUCCAACAAGUCCAUGGAUCAUCCUCUUUCCAAGAGAACAUGUGGAAAACAAAAACGAUUCAUGUAAGUUGUACAAUCCUCGUGACCAUAGUUCCUACAUAGUAAGAGAUCUCGGGUUUGAUUUAGCUAGAAGUCGUUGUUUGGCUAAUUCUGGUAGUUGGUUCCUUAUGUUAGACCGUAGAACAGAUUUUCAUCUUUUGAAUCCGUUUACUCGAGUGAGGAUCCCUCUUCCGUCUCUAGAAUCAACCGGUGAAGGAAAUAUUAUCAGAAAGGUUUGUGAAAAUGUUUCUGAUGGCAGCGGUAUUAAAAUAGACAAUGCGGUUUUGUGGGUUGAUGAAGAGAGUAGAGAUUAUUUGGUUGUUUGGAAUGUUGCUAGCCUUUUUGGAUAUCACAAGAAAGGAGAUGAAAACAAUAGCUGGAAAGUGUUUAAACCUUUAGAGAAAAAUGAACGUUGCAUCGAUAUGACGUUUAAAGAAAACAAGCUUUACGUGCUUACUGUAACUCGAAAGGUCACUGUUUUUGAUUUCUCUGGUGAUGAUUCUCCAGUGGAAUGUGCAAAUUUCCCAUAUUUCCCGUUGCAAAAUGGUUAUAUUUAUAAUCCUCCAGGGUCUCAUUACAAGGUUGUUGUCACUUUGUCUGGAGAGGUUUUGAUCAUUGUAGCUAAAGUGGAACCAGAUCCGAGGACAAGAAGCUUCUUCACCGUUUACAAGAUGGAUCCUAAAUCAUUAGAAUGGAAAAUGACUAAGUCUCUAGGAGGUGAGAUAUUGCUUUUAGAUCUAGGAGUAACGGUUGAGGCGAAAGUGAUGAAAAAUUGCAUAUAUUAUAGUAAUGAUCAGUUUCAUAGAUACAAUGGGAAUAGUCUAUGCAAUGAUUCUAACAAUAACGGUAUUUGCGUCUACCAUAGUCGAACCAAUAAUGUGGUCCAAGUGUUUGAACAUCUUACUGCUUCCUCGACGAUACUUUUCAAGGAUGCUCGUUGGUUUUUCCCCAUCUUUGGUGGAAAAUGGUUGCUUUAAAAUUAUCAAGUUUUGUGUUUUUGGUAAAGGUUGAUUAGUUUCUUUUAUAUUUUGGAACAAGAGUGUUGCUAGUACAAGUAACAAGUAUGAUAUUUCAUUAUCUAACGUUAUCUCAACGUUUGAUUGAUGAUAACUUGUUUUUGUUUUCAGUUCAAAAAAUAAAAAGUGUUUGUUAGA